AUGACUCCAUCGCAAGAAAAAGCGGCGCAGUCUGGCUCAUCGGAACAGAAACCACCGGACAUUGACGAGAACCUCUACUCGAGACAGCUCUAUGUACUCGGGCGCGAAGCCAUGGCCCGCAUGGCCCAGUCGGACGUUCUCAUUUCGGGCAUGGGAGGCCUGGGUGUUGAGAUCGCUAAGAACAUCAUCCUGGCCGGCGUCAGGUCUGUCAACAUUCAUGAUGAGGCAGUGUGCACAGCGGGGGACCUCUCGUCUCAGUAUUUCCUCGGCGAAGAUACCAUAGGCGAAAACCGGGCAAGCGCAUGCGAGGCUUCCCUGGCACAACUGAAUCAGUACGUCCAGGUGAAAGCCCACACGGAACCGCUGACCAAUGAUUUCCUGAAAAAAAUCACUGUAGUUGUGUUGACUGAGACUCCGCUCGCAACUCAACAGUCCAUGGCCGCCUUCACCCACGAGAACAACAUCCCUCUCAUCGUCGCUGAUACCAGGGGCUUGGCGGGGCAAAUCUUCUGCGACUUCGGUGACAAGUUCCGCGUGUUUGACGCCAACGGAGAGCCACCGCGGUCGGUUAUGAUUAGCUCCAUCAGCGAGAAGGAUGGAGUGGUUCGAACCGUGGACGGAGCACCGCACGGUCUCGAAGACGGCGCCUACGUCACAUUUUCCGAAGUCCGGGGCGCGACCGAGAUCAACGCCUGCCCACCCAUGCAGGUUAAGGUGUUGGGUUCAGACGAAUUCUCCGUGCAGCUUCCGACGAAGCUCAGUGAUAAAGCCACAGGGGGCGUUGCAACCGAGGUUAAGAUGCCGAAGGACGUCGAGUUUAAACCCUUGAAGGAAUCCCUGGUGAAUCCCGAGUUCGUCACAUGCGACUCGGCGAAUUCAGAUCGCGGCGCGCAGUUGCACUUGGGCUUCCAGGCUCUGCACGCCUUUCAGGAGGCGCACCAGAGACUGCCGCGUCCUUGGAACAUGUCCGACGCAGUGGAGGUGGUACAGAUAGCCAAGGAGAAGAACGCACUGCAGGCCAACCCCCUCAGCGAGGUUGACGAGAAGAUUCUCACUGUGCUCUCCUGUGUCUCAUCUGGCUCCCUGUGUCCCAUGCAGUCUGUCAUCGGCAGCAUCGCAGCACAGGAAGUCAUGAAGGCGUGCAGUGGCAAGUUCACUCCGAUCCACCAGUGGUUCUACUUCGAUGCUUUCGAGUGCCUCCCGCAGAAGAAAGCGGUUUGUGAGGAGUACGCCAACGCAAUGGAGCUUACGCGGUACGGCGGGCAGGCCCACGUGUUUGGCUCUGACGUGGUGACCCUAUUGCUGGCGCAAAACUACUUCGUGCUCACCGCUACGGGUAUGCCUUUCUGGUCUGGAACGAAGCGCUGCCCCCAUCCGAUCGAGUUCGACCCUAACAACACGCUGCACAUGGACUACAUCGUCGCCGCGGCCAACCUGCGGGCUGCCAUGUUCGGCAUCCCGAAAAACACGGACCGCGAAGCGAUUGCCCGGAUGCUCGAAGACGUCGAGGUUCCAGUCUACGUUCCUGUGCGCUGUACUUACCUUGCGACGAUGGAGAACCAACUAACUCGAGAUGGGUUAUUCACUUAUGCAGACGAGCAGCGCAUGCGCAAGCUACUGGAGGAGCUUCCGGAUCCAAAGGAUCUCGACGGCUUGGCCCUGACCGUGCUCGAGUUCGAGAAGGACGACGAGUCCAACUUCCACAUGGACUUCAUCGUGGCCGCCUCGAACCUGCGCGCUUCCAACUACGACAUUCAGCCGGCCGAUCGGCUCACGAGCAAACUGGUCGCGGGCAGGAUCAUCCCUGCCAUCGCCACCACCACGUCGCUCGUGGCGGGCCUCGCCUGCCUCGAACUAUACAAGCUAGUUCAAGAUCACGACAGGCUCGAGCUCUACAGGAACAGCUUCGUCAACUUGGCUCUGCCGUUCGUCGGUUUCUCAGAGCCCAUUCCACCUGUUAAGAAAAAGUUCCGCAACCGUGAGUUCACCCUCUGGAACUGUAUCGAAGUCGAGGGGGAGUUGACUCUUGCGGAGCUUCUAGACCAUUUCCGGCUCGAGCACCAAGUCGAAGUGGUCAGCCUGAUGGAAGGACCCCGAACUCUAUACGACGCCGACACGCCCAAUUCGCGGAAUCGCAUGGACCUCGGGACCACCAACAGCGGAGAGGAAGUGGAGGUGCCGGCAGUGCGAUACGUGCUGCGCAGAUGA